CAGCUAUAGAAGUAGAGCGAGUUCAUCCUGUUUCCUUGAAGUUUACCACGAUGUCGAUUCGACUGUGUCUGUUUUUCUGUCUCAUCGGACCUGUGCUUGCCAAACAACUCCCUGAUGUGGACUGUGUGGUGGUGCAUCUGCAAUACGUCCAGUGUUUGUGGAACAAACUGGAGGCUCCACAGGGCAAUUACACCUUCUAUGGCUGGUUCUUCAAGGAGAAAAAAAUGACUGCGUGUGCCAGAUACCUGUCAGAAAAUGGCACAAACAUUGGAUGCAACCAGCCAUACACCAACUUAAUCAACAGGUUCCAUACAUUUACCACCACACUGGUAGAUGGCAGCAACAAUCGGACACAGACGCAUGACCUUAAAAAUAAAGUCAUCUUAUAUCCACCCACAAACGUGACCAUCAAAAUGGAGCCUGACUCUAACUUGUGGCUGUACUGGAACCAGACCAACAGCUCAUGCGUGGAGAGCAGGGUUUCCUACAGGAUCAACAACAACGAGUGGGAGACCACUCAAAUCAGUGUCGGGAAGCAGAGUCACUGCAUUAACCUACCCUGCAGCCAUUGCAGAUAUGAGGCAAAAGUACAGAGCAGAAUGGACAACAACUGUGCAAGGUCUGAUUUCUGGAGUGGCUGGAGUGAGCCUGUGGUCUGGGGAUCCAAUAAUAGCACAGGUAAACCUGCAAAAGACCCUAGUCAGACAGGUUCAAUGUUUGUGUGGACCCCAGUGCUGAUUGGGGUGGGCUUCAUCACCCUGAUCUUACUGGUUAUGGUGUUGCUGCAUCAUGAAAGGAUCCGAAUCAUCCUCAUCCCAGUCGUCCCAAAGCCGGCUCUGACUUCUCACAACAUUGAGGAUUGGUUGGAAAAAGGCCUGAAACAGAGUUUUAAGCCCAACUACAAUGAGCGUGCCUGUACCGUCCGUGAGUACACCCAAGUGUCCCAGUCCGACAGCGAGAGCUCUGCCAGUUCCACCUCGUCUGUCACCACUGACCAAACCGACUGCUCCAUCUCCACCCCCACAAACGAGCCGGACCCUGCUCUCCUUCCUGCUCCCCAGUUCUAGUUUCAUCUGAGCAGUUGGAGCAACGCCCUGAAAAAAAGGCAUCUAAAUCGGGGUUGGGUUUACUAGAUCUUUACAAUCCAGGUCAAAUUGAACUGACAUGUCUCUUGCACAUCUGUAAAGAUUCAAAUCUGGUUUAGUGAAUAAAAAUCAUUGAUGGAAUUAUAUAUACCUUUAAAAGGAGAAAAUAUGAACUUAAUCUAAUCAUAAGUGCAGGACUCUCACAAACAUUUCAGUGUGUCAAUAUUAACUGUAUGCAGGGGAACUAAUAGAAGUUCCCUUAACUUUUCAGAAGAGACAUUUAAAACAUCCCCUUCCUCUAAUCUUGAACAGUUAUAUAGUUAUGUAUUAACAGAUGUGUUUAAUUCAACUGCAUUGAUCUAUCAUGUUUUGUAUGAGAUGUUAAUAUACUUUUUAAUCAAACAUAAAUGCACGAGGAAUAUAAUAUUAUAAUAAUAUAAUACAAAGCAUUUCCUAAAAACUAAAAAUGACAGGCACCAUUAUCCUCAUGGUUAUGUCCGUGUGCCCUAUGUACCGAAACUUUUGUCUUUGAAGAAUGUAGCUGGGGUUCAAGCCAAGCCUGUGACAUACUUCCGCACUCUUGAAUCUCCCCGCCAGGACCACUUGAAAAAAGUUCACAUCAGUGUUAUUUGACCUGAAUAAACUAAUUCAUUAUUACAACAGUGUAUAAGUAACCUGACACGACAGAUGGAUGUGUUUCACACAUCCAUCUGGGAAAGCUUCAAUAGAAAACAUUUGAGAAAAGGCAGAGGCUUUGAAAAAUCCUCAGAGUAUGAUUGGAUGAACGUUCUGUCUGUCACAUCUAUAC